AUCCGUAUUAGAAAUACACAGAUAGUCAGUCGUACGGGUGCUUAGGCGACUACUGUCUGGCAUCCUGCCGUCUCAGCUAUUGGCGAUGAUAGGCGAUUCCAACGCACUACAAAUCUGAAGAUAUAGAUCCCUGACAGCGUCAGCAGACGUUAUACACUAAACUAGACAACGCCUAAAAGAACUUGUAUGGACUUCAUCGUUAGCAAAUUUCCAACAGUUUGACUUCUACAUAAUGGAAACGAAACCUGGGAUGGAGAAGAACGACGAAGCCAAUGCACCCGCAGCCUGUGAUCACAAGAACAACGAGACGGAGGCAAACAUUACCACAGAGAGCAAAGAUACAAAAUCCGAAUCUACCGACAAAGAAAAGCAAUCAACAAGCGUGAGCGGGCAGGGAACAGGGGCAGAUGAAGCAAGCAGCGAUAUUGGGAAAAGACUUCAUGAAAUGGAAGAGCUGGUAAAAGGCCGCUGUGAAGAACACGAUCAGAUGAUGAAGACUAAGGAUGAGCAAGUGGAUAACCUAACAGAACUACUGCUGUCACUACAAGAAAAUCAACCAGAAAAGAGAAACGAAGAAGUCAUAAAGGACAGACUAGACAAGCUGCAUCAGCUACAGGAUUGCCUGCAAAACAUGUUCACCGAGAUGGAUAGCAUGUUGCUGCAGCGGACGGAGGAAGGAGAGAACAUCCGCCAUUUGAUGGAGGAGAUCAUUCCCAGCUCGCCAGAUGUCGCUCAGAAAGAAUCAAAGGAAAAGGGGUCAACAGAUCCUGGAAUUUCAACCACAAAAGAUGAACAAUCAGUGGCGUCACCGGAAACUGGAGAAUAAUAUAUUGAUAUUUCGUCAGAUGUGACAUAUUAUCGACAUAUAAACACAAAAUGUAUUGUUACCGUGGUGUGUAAUUGGACAUAUCAUUUGAGCCGCGAUAUCUUCAAUGGCAGCAAUCAUACAUUGUAACGGAACUAUACUUUCAUAUAUAUGAUUAGCGGUUGGUAAUAAUAUAUACGUGAAGUAAGCUACUUUAGAGCCAGUUGCUUUGCGCCAUUGCUAUAUACCAAACGGACAAAUAUACUUGCUCUAUUCAAUCGAAAUACCAUAGUCUGUUAAAGGCCUGAGAUGUGAGCGAUUUGAUAUAUAUUAUAAUCGUAUUAGACUAUAUAUAUGUCGCUAAAUUACAUUUAUGAGAAUACGAAUAGAGACUGUGUAUCACACAGUAUAUUUGUACAUGUGACUACAAAUGUAUACAGCUGUAGAAUGUCAGAAUGAUAUAUAUAACUAUACUAAGAUUAAAACACACUGAUUAAUUUUGACUCCAGGCUCUUUAAUUACGAAUAUAAUAUACGAUAUGCUUACUUUCUAUUACAAAACAUGGUGCUAAGGAGAUUUAGAGCUUGUUUAGACGAACCCAGAUCUCUAUUCUGUAAACGGUUCGUUUUAUGACAAUAAAAACGCUGUCACAUAAAGAAUAGCACGCGUAUUGGGCACCAGUCCUAGACACGCGACCCGGGCGUUAGUGAAGUAUCUGUGCGUAUAUAGAAAAUUAAAAUGAAAAAUUACUAAGAAAUUGGAUAUCGACGUAUGAAUAAAGUUUGUUUACUUGAUACUUAAUAAAAGUCGCAAAACAUUCUGCGGGGAAGUAAUAACAAUUAAAUGUA